CGCAAAUAGGAGCCUUAUUUGCUCCACUUUCAAAGGGGUUGACAGUUCAAUUAACUGAAACAAAGAGUGACAUAAUGUGGUUAAUUUGGAGCCUUUACUAAACUAAGACUUUUGGUUUACACUAUUAGUAAAAUCCACAAACACAUCUGAAUUAUCAUCCAUCACAGUUUCUGAUUAAUAGCAUUUGAUUGGGCGAUGUCACUAGACAGCAAAGUUAAUGAAAAGACAAGGACUGACCCUCCUACACCAACUACAGGUACGUAUUUAAUUCUUGCGACUCUUAUCAUUCAGUGUCUGUCUACCUUCAGGAAACACACCGUCGGGAUGAUCACUGUAUGGAUCAUGUAUGUGUUAUUCACUUGGUCGUACAUAAUUGAUCAAUGGAGAUACAUUAAUGAUUAUAGGAAUUCAAACAUAGUGGCUAAUGUCAGAUUGGUAGUCAAUCAGAAUUUGGUUGUUUGGGUAGCAGGAACAGUAGCAGCCAUAUCCUUCACAGUGAUUGGGAAGACUACAGAACCUAAUGGCUUAAAAGAAGAGAAUUUAUGGUUUAUCAUCUUUCCAAGUGUAUUAUGUUGCUACUUUACCCACAAUUUUAAGCUUACCUGUUGGCUUCUAAUAGCAUUGACGCUAAUCAGACUAAUUAUUACUUUUUAUAUUAGAAACAACUAAAUAAAUUAUAAGAAAAAAAAAUAAAUAAUUAUACGUAUUUUGAACUUUUUAUCAAUUCGUCAAAGGAAGA